AUGUCAAUACCAAUAUCAGCACUCCUCACCAAUGGGGCUGCCACAGUCCCUCGCGAUCGAUGGUCAUACCUUGAUCAUGUCCUGUCGACGACGUCACCUUACGCUGGUGAAGAAUUUGUCCCUGGCGAAGAGACUAUCAGUGCCCUGGAAUCCUCACGAGUUCUGGUCAUCGGCGCCGGUGGCUUAGGCUGCGAGAUCCUAAAGAACCUAGCCCUCUCCGGCUUCAAAGACAUCCACGUGAUUGACAUGGACACCAUCGACGUGUCGAACCUAAACAGACAGUUCCUCUUCCGGCAGUCGGACGUGGGCAAAUCAAAAGCCGAAUGUGCAGCAGCAUUUGUCGAACGACGAGUUCCUGGCGUCAAAAUCACCCCUUACAACGGUAAAAUCCAAGACAAAGACGAAGAGUACUACAUGCAAUUCAAACUGGUAAUAUGCGGUCUCGACAGCAUCGAAGCCCGACGCUGGAUCAAUGCCACACUAGUGGACAUGGUAGACAUGGAGAACCCGGAAUCUCUCAAACCUCUCAUCGACGGCGGUACCGAAGGUUUCAAGGGCCAAGCUCGUGUCAUUCUCCCAACCCUCACAUCAUGUAUCGAAUGUCAAUUAUCCAUGCACGCACCCCGCGCCGCUGUACCUCUUUGUACGCUGGCCACUAUCCCUCGACAACCCCAACACUGUAUCGAAUGGGCACACAUCAUCGCAUGGGAGGAGCAGCGCAAAGGCGAACCCCUCGACACCGACGACCCAGAGCACAUCACGUGGCUGUACACCACGGCGCUGGCUCGAGCCAAGCAAUUCAACAUCUCCGGCGUAACGUACUCCAUGACCCAAGGCGUGGUCAAGAACAUCAUCCCAGCAAUUGCUUCGACCAACGCCAUCAUCGCAGCGGCAUGCUGCAACGAAGCCCUCAAGAUCGCCACGUCAUGUGCACCAUUCCUCGAGAACUACAUGAUGUACACGGGCGAUUCGAACGACUCGGGUCUGUACACGUAUACUUUCGCCGCGGAGAAAAAGGACGACUGCCCCGUGUGUGGCAACAUUGCGCAGAACAUGACUAUCGACUCGGAGGCCACCCUAGAAGAAUUCCUGGGAAGUUUGGCGGAGCGGGCAGAAGCACAAUUGAAGAAGCCUAGUAUCAGGACCGAAGCAAAAACGCUAUACGUACAGGCACCCAAGAGUUUGGAGGAGCAGACGAGGCCGAACCUGUCCAAGAAGAUGAGGGAGCUGCUAAGUGACGGUGAAGAGGUGGGUGUUUCGGACCUUGCAUUUCAGAUUUCGUUCAAAUACAGGCUCGUGUUCAAGUGA